AUGGAGGAUCUUCAGCCGAGAGUUUUCUCUUUGAAAAAAGAUAAACCAACAUGCGCAAGAUUUAUGUAUAACGAUACAUACGUUGCUGUUGGAACUGAAAAUGGAAGAAUUUUAAUUCUUCCUUUAACUAAUCCCAACAAGAGAACAGAUCAAGACAGUGGCCCCAUAAAUGCUACAAUGAAGAAACUUCGGGGACAUAAAAAAUCUAUUACAUCAAUGGAUAUUCAAUUCGCAAAAAAUAUUUUAGUAACAGGCAGUGAAGAUACAACAGUUGCAAUUUGGAAAGGGAAAGAUGCUACAGUUAUUCGUCCAAAUGAUGGUAUUAUCAAAUUCGUUUCUGUUUCACAAGCUAACGAUCUUGUACUUAUAGCAGGAGAAGAUGGUUGUCCAUCUGUUUGGAACAUUGAAACUGGAGAUGCAGUUGUUUUAAUGAAACAAUUUCCAUCAAGAGUUACUGCAGCAGCUAUGGCUCCAAAUGGAAAAUUAUUUGCCGUUUCUACAGAAGAAAAUGGAUGCCAAUUGUUUGACACAAAUAGUGGACGCCCAAUUUCACAGAUUCCAACCCCAGAAGUUGUUUCUGCAAUUUCAUUUUCAGAUGAAUCCGGCUUGAUUGCUCUUGGUUGCAUUGAUGGCCAAAUAACUGUAUAUGAUUACAAGCAUCACACUAUUGUUGUAGAGAAAGAAGUCCACUAUAGUAAAAUUAAUUCAAUUGCUUUGCAUCCGUUUGACCCAAUCUUAGUUUCUGCAUCUCAAGAAGGACUUCACGUUUCUAAUCCACUGAAUUUAAUCCCUCGCUUUUCUGUUGAAGGAGAAGAGAGAAUUUUCCAAACAAUUAGUUUCUCUGGUUCCGGAAAUCAGUAUGUUACAUCAGCAACAGACAAGAAGCUUUAUUUAUUUGAAACACCAACAAAUGAAGAAAUGAAUCCACCUGAAAAUGUCUCGGAUAAUGAAGUAGAAGAAGAGCAGCCAGCAGUAGAAGUAAUGACACCUCAAGUUAGUUAUAGUACAAACUUUCAUCUUAGUAUUGCUAAUGAAGAAGAUGAACAAGAAGCAAAUCUAUCCCAGCCGCCUGAAGAUGCAAAUGUUAAAUUAAUGAAGAUUGUUAUAGAAAAACUCUUUGGUUUGCAAGAGAUUCUUGAUGAUAUGACAAAGCGUAUUCAAGUUAUUGAUCAACAGAUUGCUCGCAUUCAAAAUUUCCAAAAGCAACGCGAAAAUGAGUAA